GUCACCUUCCCCCUCCUCUUCCAUGUGAGAUCUCAGCAACACUCUCCACUCACACAGAAAUCUAAACAGAGCAGGAGAAAAGAAACCCUCCUUCACCCAUCCCUCUCCCUGAACCAGCAUGAAAAAACCUAUUAAUUGCUUUGAAUGCAGCCUCCCUCACAUGCUAAAGAAUGCAGGAAACUAACUUCCGGUUUUAACCAGAAACAAAGCAGUCGUCACAUCACCUUUUUGUUUUUGCUGUGCCCUAUAUGUUCAAGAUUUCAACACAAGAUGCCAAGCUGCAUUGUUAAAGGAUGCCCACACAGAACCGGGCAAAAAGAUAAAUUCCCAAAUGUCACUCUCCAUAAUUUUCCUAAAACUAUUCCCAAGAUUAAAAAUUGGCUUUGGCAAACCGGACAAUAUGGUGAGGACAGUGAUGCCAUUGCGGAAGAAAUUCUACAAGGACUGAAGACUUGUCGCCAUAGAAUGUGCUCAAUGCAUUUUAGUGAGAAUUGCUUUAUUACGCUAGGAUCUAAAAGGGUAUUGACACGAAAUGCUGUACCCACUAUUUUCAAGCCUCAAACUACACCCGCAAUUCUUGCUGCUCAAGAGCCUGGGCCAAAUUUUCCACCUAAAAAGAGAAAAAGAGUGGAAAAUGUAGGAAAACCUACUACCAUGUUGAGAGUAGUACGUCUAGUUUCAAGCCUAGUAACUGUGGGAACACAAACAGACUCCAUAAGUAAUAAUAAUGCCACCACUACUGAUUGCUAUAAAUGUGGUAUUGGUAUAUUCUGUGGAAAGAAACAACCAUGUUUUCCUAAAGGUAGUGCAGUGCAAUCUGUCAGUUCUUUGGAGGCAGAUCCUUGCUUGAUUAAAAGAGAUCACUCCUACCCAGUUACAUUUUCUGUGCCAGUGAAAUCAACAUCUGAACUGGACUCUGAACUGGAAACCACCAAACAGAUGGCUAUUACCAAACAACUGUCCACUUUAAGUGAGCAAAAAGAGAAUAUCCAUCAACGCAAGUUUAUUGUUUUUGAGGAAAUGCUGGACAGCUUAUUAUAUUUGGUGAAAUGUCAGCACAACAGCAAUUCUCCUUGCCAGUCACCUAUUAUAGAAAUAAAAAAGAAAAUAGAUGGAACAAUGCUAGAAAUACAUUUAUCCUGCAUGGCUGGUCAUGACUCUUUAGUCUGGAAAAGUCAACCUUUGACAGGACAAAUUUCGAUUGGCAAUCUUGCUGUUGCCAGUGCCAUACUUCUCAGUGGAUCUUCUUUCACAAAAGUAGACCAAAUGUUUAAACUUUUGUCUAUACCGUUGUUCUCUCACACAACAUACUACACAUACCAGAAAAGAUAUCUUUUUCCAGCGAUUGAUAUUGCUUGGAAAAAUGAACAGGAAGCCGUAAAAAACGAUAUGGCCGGAAAUUCAGUGGUGUUAGCAAGUGAUGCUCAGGUUGAUAGUCCUGGCCACAGUGCGAAGUAUUGCACGUACACAAUGAUGGAUGUCAUGACUAAGAAAAUUGUGAGUUAUAAGAUCGACAAAGUGGCACCAGGCAAGUCAUUGGCAGCAGUGGAGAAAAGUCUACUUGAAUCAUGCCUUGCCAACUUGUUGUCAGAAGGUAUCCGUAUCAAAGUGAUAGCAACUGAUCAGAACGUUAGAAUCAGUAAAAUGAUGGCAACAAAAUAUCCCAGUAUAAAUCAUCAAUUCGAUGUGUGGCGCAUUGGCAAGAGUUUAGCAAAAAAUCUUACAGCUGCAAGUAAAAAAAGAAAAUGCAAGGACAUCGGCCAGUGGAUUUCACCAAUAACGAAUCACCUUUGGUGGUGCUCGCAAACUUGUGAUCAGAAUGUGGAUUUGUUGUUGGAAAAAUGGCAAUCACUUCUUUAUCACAUAGCAAACAAACACAGCUUUCAUAAUCUUAAGAACUACAGAAAAUGUCAACACAAACCACUUUCGCCGCAGGAACAAGAGACAAGAAAAUGGAUCACUGCAGGACAUCCAGCUUACAGCAGCCUAGUUUGCAUUCUUACUGACCCGGCAUUUAUAAAAGACAUCUCCAACACUGACAAAUUUUGUCAUACAAGAUGCUUGAAAAACUUUCACAGCAAAAUUUUGAAAUACAGACCUAGACGAAUAUUGUUUAGGAGGGAUUCUGUGCAUGCCCGUACAAUGCUUGCCGUUUUAUCCCACAACAAAAACGUGAACAGACCGCAAGCUACCAUACUUGUGCCUAAAAUAACACCGCUAGCUUACAGUGAGAAACCAUCCAAAAUUGUGUUCCCUACACAAAAAAGCGAGUGGUUAACAAAACCAGUUUAUGAGAGUGGGACAGAUGACCAUCUCUUUGACAUCAUGUCAGAUGCAACAAAAAUUGUAAAAGGUUACCUAAUUCACAGGUGACAGUCAAAAACCUCUAAGGUGGUGGUCAGCAUUGAAUGAAUUGAGAGACCAGAAAAUAACAAUUUUGCUUAAUAUAUAUGAACUUUUGGCAGGAAUUAACAGGUCAAUGUCUGUAAUAGAAACCCCAGGGUCAUUGAAAAUCUAGUUCUACACACAAAGAGCAGUGUCUGGAGAUGCAGUCUAUAAUUCUCUUUAUUACAGGUCUCCCAAUGCAGUCUUCUUCUCCUUCCAAUCCCUAACUUGCACGUGACUCCUCCGCCAACAUACCAGCACCUUUAGAUUCGAUCGCAGCCUAAUGCAGUCAGCCCUCUAGGAUCAGCUCCAGAGGCCUGGAGUUCUUGGCACAAUGGCAUGCUUCAUGCAGUGGGCAGAGUGCAAAAAAAGGCAGACUUUUUGCACUUUGCACACUGCAUGGGACAUUGUGAAUGCACCCUACAUUUUCUUAUUUACUGUGUAAACAACCAUAACAUAACUUUAUCUAAAUAAUCUUCGAUGUCCAGUUCAUGUGGCUUUAAUUUAUGUAAAUUCUGUUUUUGUGAAUUGAAUUAAUCAAUGCUUUUUAUAGUAUAUUCCAAAACAGGUUGAAUAACAAUGAAGUAUUUUUGAUGUGACUGUAAAAAAAUCUAAUUGUGUAGUUAAACAAUUACUAAAAAAUGAACUUACAUUUAGGCUUAUAGCUAAUACUAUCAUAAUGCUACAGAUAAUAGCAUUAAUUACCACAUUAUGUAGUCAAAAUUGUUGAAUUUCUUUUUGAGACUUCUUUAUUUCUGAUAUGCUAGAACAGUAUGAGAAGGUAUUAUUAUUCCAAAACAGUGGACCACUGGUAAUUACCCUGUUUAUUGCUAUAAAAUGUAUUUUUCUUCAUUCUUAAUAAAAAUGUGUAAUCCUACAAAGUGAAUAAAGUACAGGUACUUAAU